CCCAUUAAUACCCUAGAAGGAUGGAUAGCUCAUGGGGUUGUUAUGGACUUUAUGAAAGUCCCACAGGAUCGUUAUGAAAGAGUAGUUGAAGAGGUAAUGGAAAUUCCUUCUCCUGCUUAAGGGAAUGUUGUUGCAUCUCAAGAUAAUUUGGUUCUUGCUCCGUCUCCUCAACCCGUUCAUCCUACUCCAUCUUCUCCGAUGACGAGGUCUCGAACGCGCUCUCAGGCUUCUCUUCCUCCUCCUUAAGGAGUUGUUGCCUCGGCCUCUCCAAUCCCAAUCGAUAAAGACCCUCGACCAGGAAUCAGUAAAAUUUCCCCUUCUAAAGGAAAAUAGGUCGUAAUUGAAGAAGUAGAGGAAGAAAGCUCAGCCUCAUUGUCUGGAGAUACGGCUUCUAUUGAAUAUGACACUGAGGAAGAUGACGAAGAAGCUGAUGAUGAUGAUGGUGAUGAUUUUGAAGAAGGAGAAGUUAAUAUUGAUGAUGAAGAUGAUGUUGAUAUUGUUAUGGAAUGUGUUCCUGCUGAUAAAGGGCAUCCCUCAUCGAUUCCUCAAAAUGUCGAAACUGAAGGUCCUUCUACUGCUGAUAUUCCUACAAAAAUUUCAACCAUAGAAGAGGAAGAUGAGGAACCUUUGGAUUAUGGUGAAUAUGGAUAUUCACCAGAUCUUCCUCUGGUUGCACCAAUAGUCUCACCGAGGGUCUCUUUGACUCCUUUGGUGGCACCAAGGAUGGUGGCUCGUGGAAUUGUCUUUUCGGUAGAGCCAACCAAUUUGCCAAUUCCGAAGACCAUAGACUCAAGUACUGAGGCCAGAGCGCCUUCUUUUGCUGAGAUGAUAGGAUCUGGUCCUUUCUCUGCCAGGGGGAUGCAAUCUCCUAUUGCUCAAGUCCUGGCGGAAGGAAAUCUGCCUCAAAGCAACACAGCUAGCUCUAGCUCCGUCGCUACUGUAUCGGAUAUAUUAUCUUUUGAGAAGGUUCCUGCAUAUAAACUGAUGUUGAUGAGGAAUUCUAUGUCGACAGUUGUCGAGAUGUUUAAAGAUCUCGAUCAAUGGUCAGAUCUAGCGGUUGCUAUGAAUGUCUUAGACAGUGCUGCGAGAAUGGCCAAAGUCAAUGUCUCUCAUGUGCGUGAUGCUCUCUCCAGAUUUCAUAAUUCAAUAAUUGCUUUGAAGUCAGUCGAGAAUAUAGUUGUUCCUCUGGAAAUUCUGGAGUAUGGAAGACAACUAGCAUCUUCUAAAGAGAAAGCUUCCCAGAUUACCUCUGUCAUUUCUCGACAUGAUCAAGAAUAGUUAUCUCUUCAAGAGCAAUUUAAGGCUUCUACUGAUAACAAGAAAACUAUUCAGCGUCGAAUUGCUCUUCUAAAGCAAGAGAUUAUCCAGCU